AUGUCGUCGCGAAAUUUUUCUCGUGGUCCAAGGGACCCACGUGCCGAACACGUUGAUUCUCGCGUCGACUAUUUCGCAAACGGGCGAUUUUAUGAGUUAGACAGUUGGGAUCGUUCCCGUUCAGUUUUUGAUAAUCGCACUCGUUUCCGCUCGGACGACAGGGAGAGAUUUUGUUACCCUAGCUUUCGUGAGAGAUCGCCUUUGAGGCGUCCACGGUACGUCGAUCCGAAUGUUCAGUAUCCGCCUGUUCAGUAUCCGCCUGUUCAGUAUCUUGACGAGGGCGACAUUCGGGGCCCACCGGCUGAUCAAGACUUUUACAUUCGUGAUCCUGCUAGUGCUUAUGACGCUUAUUUCGAGUGUGACUAUGACCCCCGAUCCUACCCGACUCACAGUGAAGCUGAGCCAGAGGAUGAGUAUUACAGUGAUACCCCAAGAGAAGACGACUGGGCUGAGUACGAUCACGCGGGGGCAAUUGAUCGCGGUCGCCCUUGGCGCCCGCAAACUGGCGUUCGUUUUACGACGGAUCAGUCGCCGAUAUCCGUCGAGUUACCGACCCUCUCAGAAGAAGCGCAGUCAGUGGCAGGCCCAUCCAAUGGUAAUCAGGGCUCAGAUCCUAGGCGGGUGGAAGACGUAGUUGCCGUCAUCAACGCUUCGCCUCCACCAGUGGUACCCAAAGCAAUCUGUGAUGAAAUAGCGUCACUUUUAUCCGUCGGCGUUUCAACCGAACAGUCCAAGUUUACUUCAAAAGAAUUCCCACUAGUGUACGAGGUGAGUGACUUCUCACUUAUGCCUCCCAAGCUGGAUGCAUGGAUGAGUCGCCGAUCUAAGGAUAAAGGCGUUUUGAAAGCGGUCAAUGUAAAGGAAGAAGCUUUAAUUAGAACCCAGCUGAAAAUCAUGGACAUCGGUCCCCCUUUGAUUGACCUUUAUGCUCGGCUGGCUAAAAUGGAAGAGGCUACGACAAGUGAUAUGCGCCGCUCGGUCCAGGCGGCCUUGCAGCAGUGGGGUCGUGCUUUUGCCCACGUUUCAAAGAAACGUCGGGAGUCUGUUGUGCAUUUUACGGACCCCAGAGAGGAAUAUCUUUUGAAAGACGAUAGCUGCUUUGCUACCGAGCGAGAGGACGGAGAGGAGGGGGCGAUCCCAGAGGCGGUCGCGGACGCGGGAAUCCCAACCCAAGAAGCGCACCCCAUCGUAUCGAUUAGUCUUAAAGUGGGCGCUCGAUUAAGUGUUUUCGCUGACAAAUGGUCAGAAAUUACCGACGAUCCCUGGGUUUUGAAGACGAUAUCUAACGGCCUUAAGAUCGAUUUUUUGUCAGAACCAUUCCAGCGCUCAUCACCGCGUGAUGUGGUAAUGUCAGACGAGAUGCGAGCUGUUUGCCAGACGGAAAUUGCGAGUUUAUUGAAAAAAGGGGCGGUUAAAGAGAUCACUGACGAGUCGGGGGGUUUCAUUUGUUCUUUCUUUUGUGUACCGAAGAAGGUUGAUGGUUUCAGACCGAUCGUCAAUUUGAAACCACUGAACAAAUAUAACUAUGCGUGGGACCCGAGCGUAGUUAUUAAUUACAUGUCCAAGUUAGGCAACAAUGCGUUUAUUCCCCUCCCAUCAUUGACGAAGAAGACAGCGGUUUUGCUGGCCUUGGCAUCGCUUCUCCGUGUUUCGGAGCUGGCCGCCAUCGACUAUCAGUCGGUUAUAUUUUCGGAAGACGAUGUCAAAUUCACUCUGCUAAGAAUAAGAAAAUCACAGCGCGGGGGUCCAUUGCAGUCCGUCAUUAUCCCUAAACUAUUGGAUGCGAAUUGCUGCCCGGUUCAAGCUCUCAAAGCCUACGUUGAUCGCACGUCUACGAUUAGGGAAUCAAACAUUAAACAGCUAUUCGUGUCGACCAUUGCACCCCAUGCGGGUGUUACAGCCAACACUAUGAGUAAAUGGAUACGCUCCGCGCUCAAUGUAUCCGGAGUGGACACGUCAAUUUUUAAAGCACAUUCCACACGAGGAGCGGCUGCUUCGAAGGCUUCAGCGUCGGGAAUAUCGACUGAUGAGAUCUUGAAGGCCGGCCAUUGGAAGUCUGAAUCUACUUUCGGUAGAUUUUACAAAAGAGUGAUUGCGCCUUCGAUUGUUCCGGCGGUAUUCCGGCAUGAUCAGGGUCGAAAACGGGGUCUGAGCAGUAACCAGGAGUAA